GCCCGGCACACAAACGGUCAUUCAGGCUACCCACUCAAGUGGUUUAAAGAUCAGGUUACAGUGAGGAGUUCAUUCGAAUGUUCAAUAUGUCAGGAGGUUUUGAAAGAUGCCGUGCAAGUUGGGGAUUGUGGACACCAAUUUUGCGCAAAAUGUGCCGAGGAUAUUUUAGAAAGUGAUCCUCGUUGUCCAUCGUGCAGAAUUAGAAUAUCCCAAGAAAAUGUGUUUGAAGAUCAUGCAGCAAGAAGAUUGAUAAAAAAUUUGGAUGUAAAUUGCUGCAACGACGGCUGUAGUUGGUUUGGAAGUUUAGGUUCUCUGCUUGAGAGUCACAUGAAUAACUGCAACUUUCUCAUUGACCACAAGAAUAUUGCUGAUCAAUCAGAUGCUAUAGCUAACCUUCUAAAAAAAAUUGAAAAUCUUGAGUGUAAAGUUUCAUCAGUAAAUAGCCUAAAUAGUGUGCACCUACACUACAUGAGGCAAGUUGAUGCAGAGCACAAAAAUGAAAUGGAGAAAGUUCACCUUAGACUUUUUCAGCGUGAUGAGGAACUCAGACAACUUAAACUUGAGCAUGAGGAAAAAAUUAGCGCGAUGAGAGAAAAGCACGAAACUGACUUGCACAACCUCAAGAGUGAACACGAUAAAGAGUUUAAGGCUCUUAAGGAUCAAGUCUUGUUUUUUGGGAGAUACACUUCGCUACCGACGAUCUCAUUGCAGUCGCUAGACCGGCUCAGAAAAAACCUAACGGUGUCGAUAGGUUUAACAAUACCAGAUUUUACACGCAAGUUGUGUCACUCUCAAUCAAGCAACCAGUACGGAGAGAUUUUUGGCGUUCCAUUUUACACUUAUCAUGGAUACAGGAUGGUUUUGAAGGUGAACCUAAAUGAAGCACCCAGUGGCAAAGCGGAAUACAUGGGGGUAUACUUGUAUUUAUUGGAAGGGGAUCAUGACGAUAAAGUAGAAUGGCCUUUUAACAAAAUAGUUACAUUUAUCAUCGUUGAUCAACAAGAUGAUAGUGAAUAUGUUAAAAAUCAUCAAAUGAAACUAUAUCCCGAUGAGGAAGAACAAAAUGAGAAACCGAUACUUCUGAAGAGUAGUUCGGGUGUUGAUUGUACACAAUACGUGUUACACUCCAUUCUGUGCAAACGACAGUUUUUAAAAGACGACACCCUGUUCAUCGCAUUGGCAAUACAGCCUUGAUGCAAGUGAGUAUGCUGUAUGUUUUGGAUGUGGCUUCUCAAUUCAGACUUCAUAAACGUUCUGUUACAUAGGUACUGGCUGGCGGGAGGGUAUACGUAGUUUGUAAGAUAUUUGCGCAAGAAUUUCGAGACACGCACGAGGAUGACAGUUCAAGCUGAACACUCGUUAUGUUUUAC